AAGUAAAUACAUAACAGCAGUUGCCAAAAAAAAAACUAAUUUUGACAGCUUCAUUUACAACAUAUGAUUUGUGUAAGAGAAUACGCACAAUAUGAUUAAAAUGAUAUUGUGUUUUGACACAUUGUUGACGCAUCAAGUGGAAAAUAUUGGGUUGACGUAGUUUGGAAAAAUAAUAUGAAUGUCGAAAAAUUAAAGGUUUUAAAAAUGAACGAAGAUAAAAUUUUUAUACUAGAAUACAUUGAAUUCUAUCGCUCAUUGCCUGCAUUAUGGGAUGUGAAUUGUGCAGAAUACAAUGAUAAAAUUAAAAAAGAGGAUGCAUUUAGACAACUGACACGCAAAUAUCAAGAAAGGUUUCCCAAGGCAGACCGAAAAGAAGCACUAAGGAAAAUGAAUAUAUUAAGAACUAAUUACAAACGGGAAUUAAGAAGAAUAAAAGAAAUCAAAAAGACCUCUGAUGGAAAUAAGAAAGAUAUGAGUACUACGCUCUGGUACUUUGAUGCUAUGAAAUUUCUUGGUGACAGAAAAGUACAUAGACAGUAUCUUAUAAAUCGCGUUACAGGAGAACCAAAAACAGACAUUAUAAAUGAGCAAAAAAAGGAUUAUAGUAGUAGUGGAAGUGGAGGAGCUAAACUAAUUACUUUAGCUUUAAAACAAUUUAAAGACCCACCAAACGAAUAUACCAAAGCAAGCGAAGCUUGGGCAAUUAAAUUACAAAAAAUGGAUCGAUAUCAGUCUAUAAUUGCAGAAAAGAUGAUAAAUACUGUGUUGUUUUACGGACAAAUGGGACAAUUAGAUUUGACUGCUUCAUUUUCUCCCGGAAAUAGUUAUAGUGAAACUACUACACCAAACACCUCAACAGUUCAAUCCUACGACAUAUAUGAAACAGUAGAAACAAAACCAAUACUAGUUCCUCAUCAUCAAUUAGAAGCUAACUCUACUACAGAUGAUACGGAAUCAAUUCUUCCAUUUGUUUAGUUAUUUUACUUAUAUAUUUAAAUAUUUUAUAAUUAAUAAAUUUGU